GUGGCGUACUCGGCUCUGUGCGGCUCUCCGCCGUUCCAGGGCAGCCUGCAGCAGCAGCUCAAGAAUCGCCGGCAAGAGCUCGUGCCAAUGGAGGAACCACCCUGGGACACCAUUUCCGCCGAGGCGAAGGAGUUUAUCCGCGCGCUGCUGAGAUUCGACCCGCAGCAGCGCCUCUCCAUAGACAGCACGCUGGCGCACCCCUGGCUCACCGCCCGGCGGGCAGAGGCCGGAGCCCCGGGCCGCCGCCGGCGGGUCCUCUCCAACCUGGAGCAGUUCAGCCAUGCGUCGGACUUCUUCAGCAUCUGCGUGGGCUCGGUGGCGCGGCAGCUCGACCACAGCAGCCUGGGCGACAUCCGCAAGGUGUUCGGCUUGCUCGACACCAACGCCGAUGGAGUUCUGGACGUCGAGGAGGUGAGAGUAUCAUAUGCGACCUACUUCGGCCAGGAGAUAUCUCAGGAGGACGUGGCAGAGAUCUUCUCCCACCUCGACCUUGACGGCACUGGCAGGAUCACCUUCACCGAGUUCAGUGCGGCGGGGCUCGGGGAGCGGAGCUACACGGAGGGCCAGGCUGAGCUGCUCCCCGAGGACCAGAUGUCCGGGGGCGUCUGA